AUGGAGGGAGUCGAUCUCACCAAGACAAUACUCAACAAAGGCAAACAAAUGGCAAACGUGGCGGCAACGGCUGCCAAUGGCAAUGGAGGCAAGAAACGAAGAAAGGGAACCGACUUGAAACCUAUUCUGACCAACGAAGGAAACCCUGCAGAAUCCACCGGUGCCGUACCCUCCAAGACGUCCGCCUCGCGUUCCUCCUCCUCCUCAUCCGGCGAAGAGCUGGAAGCCACCGCCGAGGAAGAAGACUCCGAAGAUUAUUGCAAGGGUGGCUAUCAUCCGGUCGCGGUCGGCGAAACAUACAACAACGAGCGCUAUGUGAUCGUGCGCAAGCUGGGUUGGGGCCAUUUCUCCACCGUCUGGUUGUCGCGGGACACCACCACCGGUAAACACGUCGCACUGAAGGUCGUUCGUUCCGCCGCCCACUAUACCGAGACUGCGAUCGAUGAAAUCAAACUCCUCAGCAAGAUCGUCCAAGCGAAGCCCUCUCACCCGGGUCGGAAGCAUGUCGUCAGUCUGUUGGAUUCCUUCGAACACAAGGGACCCAAUGGCGUGCACGUCUGUAUGGUGUUUGAGGUUCUGGGCGAGAACCUGCUGGGGCUCAUCAAACGGUGGAACCACCGUGGCAUCCCCAUGCCUUUAGUGAAGCAGAUCACAAAGCAGGUACUGCUGGGAUUAGACUAUCUCCAUCGGGAGUGCGGCAUUAUCCACACGGACCUGAAGCCGGAGAACGUGCUGAUCGAGAUCGGAGAUGUGGAGCAAAUCGUCAAGGCGCACGUCCAGGAGGAAGCCAAGAAAGAAGCCAAAGAGGAUAAUAGGAACGGCAGAAGACGCAGACGCACGUUGAUCACGGGCAGUCAGCCUCUUCCAAGCCCGCUUAACACCAGCUUCAGCAGCUUUGACUUUAAACACAGCUCAUCCAACUCCCACAGCAGUCUCAAUCAGAUGGUCAACGAAUCUUCAUCAAGUAACGCAGACCAGCCCUCCAUGAAAGACCUACUUGGCGUGAAAGAGGAAGACGAGAAGCAAAACCAGCGGGAGAAGACUGCUGACCUGCUAGAACGAGAGGUCUCUGGAAUUUCCCUAGAUAAGCCUCCCCCACAGUCAGUCGAAGAAGCAAUCGACGCAAACAUCAUCUCCGUCAAGAUCGCCGAUCUCGGCAAUGCCUGCUGGGUCGGCCACCACUUCACAAACGACAUUCAAACCCGCCAAUACCGCUCACCCGAAGUCAUCCUGGGUUCCAAGUGGGGAGCCAGUACCGAUGUGUGGAGCAUGGCUUGCAUGGUCUUCGAACUCAUCACAGGUGACUACCUCUUCGACCCACAAUCAGGAACGAAAUACGGCAAGGACGACGAUCACAUCGCGCAGAUCAUCGAGUUGCUCGGUCCAUUCCCCAAAGCCAUUUGCAUGAACGGCAAAUGGUCUAACGAGAUCUUCAACCGCAAGGGUGAAUUGCGCAAUAUCCACCGUCUCCGCCACUGGGCUCUCCCCGACGUUCUACGGGAAAAAUACCACUACUCAAUGGAAGAAGCUUUGCGAAUCAGCGAAUUGCUUCUUCCGAUGCUUGACCUCUCACCCGAAAGGCGAGCCAAUGCGGGUGGUAUGGCCUCCCACGAGUGGGUGAAGGACACGCCCGGCAUGGAUGGGAUUGAUCUUGGGAUUACACCUGGCACUCGUGGUGAAGGGAUCGAAGGCUGGGCGCUUGAGGUGAAGAAGCGAUGA